UCGCAAUCUUGAAGUCGACGAUCAGUUUGAGCUUGUCCGUGGAAGCCGUCAGUUCGGUGUUCGGUCUUUCAGUUCCUAUACUAUAUGCUAUAUAUUACUAUACUAUAUAGUGAUUUUUUCGCUAUUGGUUGUAUUACAUUUUCUGCUGUGAAACGUGCGUCCAUCGAGGUUCGCGUGUGCUGUGUGUCCGUCGGUCUCUGAAAGCGAAAACUGGCGCUCAAGUUCAGUCAGCGAUUUGUCGAUUUCUAUGCAAAUCAUUACUCGGAAAAGAAACACACAUAUAACCCAGAGUCAGAGUCAGAGUCAUAGAGUCGCAGACGGAGACAUAACAACAAAAGACGGCGUGCUAUUUUUAUUUUGCUAAAUGUCGACUUGAGGCUCACGUCGCCGGAGCAGAGCCAAAGUCUCCGUUUCAAGACUUGCGAGAGACUGUAACCCGAGUCGCGGUUCGCAAAAAAAAAAAACAGACAAACAGAAACAGAUUGUAUCUGUAUCUAUAGUCGCGACUUGCGGCUCGUUUUGUGCGCGCACAUUCGGUGUAUCUGUAUCUGCGGCAAAAAGCGAGCGCAAAAAGUAAUCAUAAAGGAAAAAUAAAUAAAUAAAAAGACUGCCGCUCGACAGCCUCCAGAAGAUAGAUUUCCCCCCGCCAGAAAUCAGCUGAGUCGGCAGCGAUAUGAUGUGAGUGGAUCGCCGCAUCCCAGAGAUUUCGGAGAUUUUUUGAGCAGGAAGUAGACAAGCAAAUCGAAUCUAUCAAGUAGAAGAGCAAAGCCAUGGAAUAUCUUUGCAUACUGAAUGCCUUCGAGCAGAAUUACUACAACCGCAUCAAGGAAAUCGAGCGAUUGGCCGCCGCUGCCGCAGCUGUAGCAUUCUCCUCCUCCUCAUCGUCGGCAUCCUCCACAUCCUGCUCGAGUGGACCCUCCACUUCCUCAUCCGCCUCCUCCACGGCCAGUUCUCCUAGUUCUUCGGCCCAGGUAGCCGCUGCCCUGGCGGCCACUCAAAGACUGGCCGCUUAUCACGGAUCCCAGAACCAGGGGGCCAUGUUCUACCAUCCUCAGCAGCAGCAGCAACACCAUCAUAAUCAUAAUCACCACCACCUCCAUCGCCAGCAGCUGGAGCAGCUGCAAUCCGGCAAUCAGCAGACGCAUCCGCAUCCGCACACAUCGACGGAUCCCAAUGCCUCCUCCAUGGCCAAUAGCCUCCUCUGGCAGCCCUGGCGGGAUCUCCAGCAGGCUGCGGCCAUGCAUCAUCAGUUAUACAGGCAGCAGCAGCAGCAGUUGCACAAAGAAAUGCGUGUGACGUCCAAGGAGCUGCCCACCACCAAAUGGCGACGCGAUCGGCGUCAACGGACCGCCGAGUAUCAGGUUCACGAGGUUCAGGGCGCCGGGAGCAGCGAAAGGGAGAGGGAAAGGGAGCGUGAACACGAGGAUCGGGACAUGGACAGCCCCAUUGAUAUGUCGGUGACCACGGGAGCCCUGAAGCAGCGGGCCUCUCCGCCGCCACCCUAUCGCGAACCUCUGCCCGGGACCAACUAUGCGGCCAACAGCCGACCCAGCGUCAUCACCCAGGCUCCACCCAAGCGGGAGCCACCCGAGCAGGCCCACCAAUCCUCAGACAUGGCGAUGUGCGACAUUGACGAGCACUUCCGGCGCUCGCUGGGCGAGAACUAUGCCGCCCUGUUCGCCAAGAAGUCGCCGACGCCCACGCCCACACCGACGCCCUCGCCAGGCGGUACGCCCAAGCAGCAGGUUUCGCCACUGGCCUACGGACCACCAGCAGCAGCAACAGCACCAUUAUCAUCAUCAGGAUCUUCAUCAUCAUCGAGCAGCAGCUACCAUCUGGCCAAACCUGGUUUGGUUAUUCCCAUGGAGCCGGAAUUGGAGCACUCGGAACUGCCGCCGCCGCAGGAGGAACCGCUGCCGCUCUCGCUGGCACUGCAUCGCACUCAAACGCCGCCAUCGCCGCCGCCCUCGGCCACGCUGCCCAUACCCAUAACCAUGCCCAUGGAGGCAGCGGUGGCCGCCAAAAGGAUGCUGGAUACGCCACCCAGAUACAAUACACCACCGCCGCCGCCGCCAGCUUAUGGGACAGCCGGAAACUCGGUUACUCCAACGCCAACUUUGACACCCAGCACUCCUAAUCCGAAUCCGACUGGAAAUCCGAAUCCCACGCCCUCGCAGAUUCCCACGCCCACGCCCAGCAUGCCGGCCAUCAUUCGGGUGAAGGCUGAGCCUGGUUUGGCGACGGCUGCGGCUGCCGCUUCCUCCACGCAGACGCCGCCCGCCUCGCCCACCUCGUCCACGAAUAUCUCGAUAUUCACCAAGACUGAAGCCUCGGUGGACGAUCACUUUGCCAAGGCGCUGGGCGACACCUGGAAGAAGCUGCAGGGUGGCAGCAGCGCGGAAACAAGGAAUCUCAUGCUGAUGUGA